AUAAAACCAUACGGUACAUAAAGAAAAUAAGUUAGUGAGCCAUGGCUGAAGCAAGAGGAGAUAAAGGUUCCUCUAAAAAGAUACUCUCUUUUGCAACAAAGAAAGCUAGAAGAGUACAGCAGAAGAUGUUGCAAAAGGUUGGUCAGGCAGAGAAGACAACUGAUGAUAAUUAUACUGAAUUUGUUGUGAAUUUCAAUAAACAACAGUUGGCAGCUUCAAGACUUCAAAAAGAAUUGGCAAAGUAUACUAAUAAUGCUAAAGUUUUGAGUCACAGCACAAAGUCUUUCAUGGAUUUAUGGCUUGAGCUGUAUGAGCCGGAAUGGAAAGGAUACUCAGAAAUGCAAAGUAUUAUUGAACAAAAAAUGCUUUUGUGGGAAGACCUUCUUAAAAAAAUUCAAAAUGAAAUGAUGGAGCCUUUGCAAUUGUACAUGUCGAAAUUCCCCGAGACAAAGAAACUAGUGGAAAGAAGAGAGAGGAAGAUAGUAGACUAUGAUUAUGCCAAGAGAGAGUUAGAGGCUGCAAGGCAGAAUAAGAAGGUAACUGAAGUCAAGUUGCAGCAGUUUGAAGAUACUUAUCAUAAUGCUAAAGCAGCUUUUGAUGAAGUAACUGAUAAACUGUAUGAUGAGCUACCUACGUUAUUUGACAGCCGUAUUGAGUUCUAUGCUACUUUUUUCCGUAAUAUGUCCACAAUUGAACUAAAAUUCCACGAAGAAAUGGCGAAGUUGGACGAGUCGUACAAUGAGACAAUGAACCAGCUACACGAAGAGGCUGAGAGUGGAGUCCAUACCAGCCGCAAGGAAAGAGUCUUAAAUAGCGAAUCGACUUUAUCAAAUCUUAAUCCUGUGAAGAAUUCUCCAGUAGAUGAUGAGGCCAGCCUUCCAUCAGAUGAUGCAGAAGAAGAAGGUGAUAAUCUCUCGGAAGCAGCUGCUAGCUCUCAAGGUGGCGGUGAUGAACCUGGUCUUAGUAGAACGUCAUCAGGAAAAGACACGCCAACAAGAAAGCAUUCGUCAAACAAGCCUCCACCCAGUAAGCCGGCGAGAUCUGAUAGCACUUUAUCUGAUGAGGUACUUAUGAACAAAGAAAGAAGGGAGAGUGCUAGUAGCUCAAAGGAGAAAGAGCUUCCGUUAAAACCGGAGGACAAAGACCCUCCUCCGAAACCCGAGGACAAAGACCCUCCUCCGAAACCCGAGAAACCUCCUCUUGAAGAACCCACUGACGAUACCAAAGAUGUGAGCGUUAUUGAGGAUGCUCCUCCCACUAAUGAGGAGAGAGGGGAGACUGAGGAGGGGGACAAGGAGAUAGAGCCUGAGGUGUCUAAAGAGCCACAGGAUCAAGUUGAAGAAGAAGGAGAGGACAAUAGAGAUGAGAGAGAGCAGCAACAACAGGAGACAAACGAGACUCAGAAAGAAGAAGAAGAUAAAAAAGAAGAUCCAGUCCCUGAAGAAGGAAAAGAGGAUGACACUCCUCCAGCACCUGAUGCUCCUCAGAAUGAUCAGAGUCCCAACGUUUUAUUUAAGGUAACGUCUCGUCAUCCUUAUACUGGGGAAGAUGAAGAUGAACUGACAUUUGACAAAGGAGUGGUUAUCCAUGUCAUACCAUAUGAUAACCCUGAUGAUGAGGAGGAUGGCUGGUUGAUGGGCUUUAUACCUGGAACUACAGCAAGAGGAAUAUUUCCUGAGAAUUUCACAGAACGUCUAAAUGACUGAUAUUUUAACAAUAAUUUUUAGAUAAGCAUGAACAGCAACAUUAAUAAUUUCAAUAUUAAUAGUGUGUGUGUGUGUGUGUGUCUUUAAUGUUAUAUAUAUUUGUCCAGCACACGUCUACAUUUGCACGUUGUUGCAUUCACAUAUUCAAAGUUGAUCAGCUCCCACUUUGCA